AUGUGGUCGAAGAAGUCGGGGGAUUGGGAAGACAGGCUAAAUAACGGAUGGCGGCCUGAUGCUUCUCGAUCAGCAGCAUGGCUCUGGGAGCAGAACAAGUCAUACAAACGCAAACUGACAACUCUGGGUAUCCCUUGGACACUGGCGGAAGAUGAUGGGUAUUUGCGCAGGAAGCCUACGGGUUCACUUGCUUCCCUCGAGCGUUUGCCCAAGGAAGACCGUGUUUGUACAGAGAACAGUGUUGGCACUGUUGUUUACCAACAGAAAGCGCCGUCUGUAAAAGAGGAGGCCAAGCUAGAGGACACAUCUUUCAACAGAUGUGAUGAUAAAGAUGCAGCCCUACCCAAUGCAACAGAAACCCGACCAGUGAUCCGGCCUCAGAUAACAAAUAUCACUAUCCCACCGCCAGUAUAUCCAGCAGCUCCACCGUCACCUGAUGUAGAAUCUCCUCAGAGAAAAGAAAAUUUUGUUGAUAGCUCUGUAGAUCAUACAGAUAAUAGUUCCCAAACUUCAGUCGAGACUUCUCAUCCACCGCCUGAACAGGCGGUCGAUCCAAUGUUGACACCUUUCGAAAUUUUGUGGAAGCGCUACCAGAGACAACGAAUCAAUACUUGGACGCUACGAGCAGAAGUCCACAGGGCUCGAAGCAAAUUGAGAGGUAUUCAACAAAUGAAGGCGGCCGCGGACGAUGCGUUUUUUCGGCUUGCGACGGCGGAGAUCCUUCUGGGUCCGAACCCUGGUGCAAGAUCCUCGAGUUUGCACCAGAAGAAGUUACAGGAUCUGAUGCAGGAAUGUCAAGCUCUUCGCGAUGAGUACGGGCCGCUCGAAAACGACUGCACUCUUCUUGAAGAGCGCCUCAGCAGGGAAGAAUCAAAGCAAAACGAGCUCGAAGAAGAGUUUCACACGCGCCUGGAGCAGCGACUCCCUGAACUGCAAAAUGGACCUAUAGCAAAAAAUCUUCGCGAAAAAUCUCCUAUUCCAGAAGCUAAAAUUGGAGAUCUUGGGGUUACCAACCUUCAUCCACUAGCGGAACAAUUUUUGUUCAAGUUAGGAGACUUUUAUAUGUUGGAUGAACAAUACAACGAUAUGAUAGAUGAAAGGCAAUACCUCGAAGAGGAGAGCGCGAGACUACGAAACGUCAACAUGUCUCUGGUGCCAAGUGACCAAGACUUUUUGAACGAGUUCGAAACAGAGGAGCAGAAACUGGCUCAGAGACUUAACGCUCUUGAAAGCGAGAUUGAAAUAAUGCGAAAGGACUGUCUUGCAAGAGGACUCAUAGAUGAAUUCGACGAGCCAACGUCAAUGAUGAGCCAAGAAAAAUCUCAUUUCAAAGCAGAGAAAGAUUUGAAUCCCAACAACAACGUGUCUGAAUAUGCCAAAUUUCCCGUCCUACUACCUCGUCCUGGUAGUAAACCGGAGAUUGAGGUCGAUAUAGAGUCUGUGGAAGAAGACAAGCCACAAAGUCGUGUCAAUCAGUGGUUAUUAGAUCAGCUUCGAAGCUCGCCUUUGGAUGUCAGACUGCUUGCUAGCACAUUUGAGAAAGAGGGGGGAGGAGAACCAAAUGAUCGGUGGCAAUUCCACGUGUUGUCUGUCUGGUUUAGAGACGAAACUCUCUACAGCACCGCUGCUUUCGGGGCAUAUUCGUCGAGUUUGACGACACAUGCACCGCCUCGAUCGAGCAAUUCUUCAAAUUAUCAUUUUUAA